CCCUUCUGCUCCUGCCCAUCGCAAGUGCCACUACCACCAUGGGCUUCACCAUCUCCUCCCUCUUCUCCCGUCUCUUCAGCAAGAAGCAGAUGCGCAUUUUGAUGGCUGGAUUGGAUGCUGCUGGCAAGACGACCAUUCUGUAUAAACUGAAGUUAGGAGAGAUAGUCACCACCAUUCCUACCAUUGGUUUUAAUGUGGAAACAGUAGAAUAUAAGAACAAUUGUUUCACAGUAUGUGAUGUUGGUGGUCAAGAUAAAAUUAGGCCUCUCUGGAGGCAUUACUUCCAAAAUACCCAGGGUCUUAUUUUUGUGGUAGAUAGCAAUGAUCGUGAAAGAAUUCAGGAAGGAGAAGAAGAGCUGCAGAAAAUGCUUCAGGAGGAUGAGCUGCAAGAUGCCAUGUUUCUGCUUUUUGCAAACAAACAGGAUUUGCCGAAUGCUAUGGCCAUUAGUGAAAUGACAGGUAAAUUAGGUCCUCAGUCUCUUCGUAACAGAACAUGGUAUGUUCAAGCCACUUGUGCUACACAAGGAACCGGUCUGUAUGAGGGACUUGACUGGCUGUCAAAUGAGGUUUCAGAACGUUAAAUGAAACUGGAUAUCUAACCAAGGACAUGUUUGAUGGAAUUGGUCUAGGCUUGUUACAACAAAAUUAGUUUGCAUCUUGGUUAUUAAACAGUAUCUGGGACUGGUUUGGGCAGAAUAUUACAGCGUUUAAACUUAUUUUGUUGCCAAUUAUUGUUUACCAAGUAGAAUGUUGCCAUUUAGCAAUAGGCUUGGUUUUAAAGAGAUUCUCUUAACUUGGGAAAAAAAAGUGUCCUCUUUUAAUUUUACUUUCCUUAAGCCUAAAUUCCUGGACGUAGCUAAUGUGACACCUUUAAAUAAAUCCAUUUUGAAUGUUUUUUUGAGCCCACAACAAAUAAUGUUUUAAAGUUAUCCCCUUGCUACUUUACUGAUACCUUUAUCAUUCCUGGGACAAU